CCAGCUCUGGGGACGUUUCCGAGGGACACAAGGAAGAUGUCCUCUCCGCCGCUGUCGCUGGCGUCGGCGUCGGCCUCGUUGGCCUCGGAGCGGGCGCUGCGGGCGCUGGUGGGGCUGGCGGAGGCGUUGGGGACGCCGGAGGCGGUGGCGGUGGCGCUGGCGGAGGCGAAGUGGAAGUUGGCGGAGGCGGAGGCGGCGCUGAAAGGGCUGGUGGCGGCCAUAGAGGCGGCGAUGGCGGCGGCGGCGGAGUUGCCGGCGCCGGGGCUCAAUGCCGAGGGGCUCUACCGGGCACUGGGGGCGGCCGCUGAAGCCAGCGCUGCCGAACUGGAGCGGGAGCUGAGCGCGAACCGCCGGCGCCGCUGGCGUCUGAAGGUGAUCCGGACUGUUGCCCUCACUCUGAUGCUUCUGUGUGCCCUCCCAUUGUCCCUGGACGUGGUGCGGGAGGCGCUGGGGGUGACCCAGGAGAGCCACCUCAUCCCCUGCCUGGCCACCCUCACCUUGGCCAGCCAGGUGGCCCUGUGGGGCGCGGGGACCUCCAAGCGUCACCUGGCCCUGGCCGCCAGCCACCAGCGUCACCAAGCCCACCGCUACCACCGCCUGGCCCGCAGCGCCGCCGCCACCGCCGCCGCCGCCGCCGCCGCCACCUCCGAGGCGGCCAAGGCCCUCGCCGCCGCUAACGUCACCUUGGGGACGCUGGAGGAGGUGUCCGGUCACCUCAAGUCCUUGGUGGACGCUGUCACCCAAGACCUGGAGAUGGCUCAAGGCUUCCCCGCCAGCGCCCGGGCCCUGGGGGACGCCGUGGUGGCCUUGGGGACGGGGAUGGGGGACGGGGAGGGGAUGCAGAGGUUGGCCCACGUGUUGGAGACUCUGCCGGGAGAGGAGUAGGGACAGGGACGGGGACACCGGGAGGGUCCUGCUUGUCCUGGGGUCACCAGGAGGUCCCUUCUCCAUCCUGGGGUCACCAGGGUGUCCCCUGCCCCACCUGGGGACACCACAAGGGUCCUCCUCGUCCUGGGGUCACCAGGAUGUCCCCUGCCCCACCUGGGGACACCACAAGGGUCCUCCUCGUCCUGGGGUCACCAGGAUGUCCCCUGCCCCACCUGGGGACACCACAAGGGUCCUCCUCAUCCUGGGGUCACCAGGAUGUCCCUUGUCCCACCUGGGGACACCACAAGGGUCCUCCUUGUCCUGGGGUCACCAGGAGGUCCCUUCUCCAUCCUGGGGUCACCAGGAUGUCCCCUGCCCCACCUGGGGACACCACGAGGUCCCUCAUGUUCUGGGGUCACCAGGAUGUCCCCUGCCCCACCUGGGGACACCACGAGGUCCCUCAUGUUCUGGGGUCACCAGGAUGUCCCCUGCCCCACCUGGGGACACUGGGAGGGUCCUCCUCAUCCUGGGGACACCAGGAUGUCCCUUCUCCAUCCUGUUGACACCCCAAUGUCCCCUGUCCCACCCAGGGACACCAGGAGGGUCCUCCUUGUCCUGGGGACACCAGGAGGUCCCUUGUCCCACCUGGGGACACCACAAGGGUCCUCCUCGUCCUGAGGAUACCUGGAGGUCCCUUCUCCAUCCUGGGGACACCAGGAGGGUCCUCCUUGUCCCACCUGGGGACACCAGGAUGUUCCUUCUGCAACCUGGGGACACCACAAGGUCCCUCAUGUUCUGGGGUCACCAGGAUGUCCCCUGCCCCACCUGGGGACACCGGGAGGGUCCUCCUCGUCCUGGGGACACCAGGAUGUCCCUUCUCCAUCCUGGGGACACCCUGACGUCCCCUGUCCCACCUGGGGACAACAGGAGGUCCCUCAUGUUCUGGGGACACCAAAAUGUCCCCUGUCCCAUCGGGGGACACCAGAGGGUCCUCCUUGUUCUGGGGACACCAGGAUGUCCCCUGUCCCACUUGGGGACACUAGGAAGGUCCCUCCUUGUCCUGGGGACACCAGCAUGUCCCCAAUCCCAUCUGGGGACAUCAAGGACGUCCCCUUUGUGGUCCAGGGACACCAGGGAUGGGUUGGUGACACCGUCCCCUGUCCCCCCAAUAAAC